UGAAGGGAAUGACUACAGGUCCCAGAGGGCGCCGCGGCCUAACAGCGGGCGCUUCAGUUCCCAGAGAGACCCUCCCUCGGCCAUUGGGUCUUAUAGUGGACUUGGUGGAGGCGCGCGCCGUGGGUCCCGCGGUCAGUGCGCUGUUUCUGUCCACCUCCUCCUCACUGUGCACCCGCCGCCAUGAAGGACUCGCUGGUGCUGCUGGGCCGCGUCCCGGCGCACCCCGACUCCCGCUGCUGGUUCCUGGCCUGGAACCCCACGGGGACCCUCUUGGCCUCUUGCGGAGGCGACCGUAGAAUCCGCAUCUGGGGCACCGAGGGUGACAGCUGGAUUUGCAAGUCUGUCCUUUCUGAAGGCCAUCAGCGCACUGUUCGAAAAGUAGCCUGGUCUCCAUGUGGGAAUUACUUGGCUUCUGCCAGCUUUGAUGCGACUACUUGCAUUUGGAAGAAGAACCAGGAGGACUUUGAGUGUGUAACCACUCUUGAGGGCCAUGAGAAUGAGGUCAAAUCAGUAGCGUGGGCCCCAUCUGGCAAUCUUUUGGCCACCUGCAGCCGAGAUAAGAGUGUGUGGGUCUGGGAAGUUGAUGAAGAAGAUGAAUAUGAAUGUGUCAGUGUUCUCAACUCUCAUACACAGGAUGUCAAGCAUGUGGCUUGGCACCCAAACCAGGAGCUUUUAGCUUCAGCUAGCUAUGACGACACAGUGAAGCUCUACCGAGAAGAAGAGGACGAUUGGGUCUGUUGUGCUACCCUAGAAGGUCAUGAGUCUACUGUAUGGAGCUUGGCCUUUGACCCCAGUGGCCAGCGCCUGGCAUCUUGCAGUGAUGACCGUACUGUGCGCAUUUGGCGCCAGUAUCUACCAGGCAAUGAACAAGGGGUGGAAUGCAGCGGCUCUGACCCCAGCUGGAAAUGUAUCUGCACUUUGUCGGGCUUCCACUCCAGGACCAUUUACGACGUUGCUUGGUGUCAGCUGACAGGGGCAUUGGCUACAGCUUGUGGAGAUGAUGCUAUCCGAGUGUUUGAGGAGGAUCCUGGCUCUGAUCCACAUCAGCCCACCUUUUUACUAACAGCCCACCUGCAUCAAGCCCAUUCCCAGGAUGUCAACUGUGUCACCUGGAACCCCAAGAAGCCAGGGCUCCUGGCCUCCUGCAGUGAUGAUGGGGAGGUAGCCUUCUGGAAGUAUCAACGGCCAGAAGACCUCUGAGCUACCUUGAGAGUCAUGAUUCUCUGGAAAAUGCCCUAAGAAAUUGCCAGUCACUGAUAGGACCUGGAGAAGCAUUCUUGACCUUCCUCUGGCUUGGCUUCUUCUGUUUGGACAUGGGAAGAAGCCACAGGACCAUUCUUGAUUUUUCCUCCUUUGACAUGAGCGCCUUUGUAGAGCCACAGAUCAUCAGUACAUUGAACUACAAAUUGUGCUUGCAUUAAGACAUGGUGUUCCAUUUUGGGGGUGAAUAUAGUAUUUAUAAUUGAUACAUAUGUAGGAGGUGUGUGUUUCACACCUUUCUGAAAUUGUAAUGUUUGUAGAAAUAAUUAUCCUUGCCCCAAGUCCUAUUUUAUAAGGAUAUUCACAAAUUUUUAGAAUUCUGUUGUCUGAAAUAGGUCCCGCCUUCCCAUUUCUAGAUAAGUCCUUGAAUUUUAAAACACUCAAGCCAAACAUGGUGGCACAACGCCCAGCAGUUGAGAGGUAGAGGCAGAGAAUCAGUUCAGGGCCAUCCUUGACUGCGUAGUUUGAGGCCAGCCAGAGCUACAUGAGACCCUGUCUGAUAAGACAAAAAGGCAUUCAAAAUUAAAGUUUUUUUUUUUCCCUUUAAUGAAGGUUUGUUCAGAGUAAGAUGAAUGACACAUGUGCUAUCCCAUAAAAGGUCUCACAUACCUCUUGUGACAUGCUAUGCUGCUACCUGGUAUGAAAAAGUCAAUGGGAAAGACACGAACCCUUAAAAGGAAUUGUUACUGGCCACAAACUACCAUGUCAGUGGGAUACAGAUCGGGUUUCAGUGAAGAACAUGUACCCAUUUACCAGUGGUAUUGGGUUAAGAAAAAGAUGUCUAGGCUGGAGAGAUGGCUUAGCAGUUAGGGCACUUGCCUGCAAAGCCUAAGAAUCCAGGUUCAGUUCUCCAGGUCCCAAGUAAGCCAGAUACACAAGGUGGCACAUGCAUCUGGAGUUCGUUUGUAGAGGCUAGAAGCCCUGGUAUGCCCAUUCUCUCCUCUCUCAAAUAUUUUUUAAAAAGAAAAAUAUGUCUAAUAGGAGAAUAUUUUAAAAAACUGAGAAUCACUGCCUAUGGAAAAAUUAUUCAGUCUUUUGACUGUGACAAAUAGAUUUAAACAUGAAGAUUGCCCCCAAACUUAUACCUUUCCUUUAAUUUUUUACAUUGUAGAAAUUGUGACCUAAGAUUUUAGAAUGAAAACUGAGGCAGUAUCUAUAGCAGUUGUUAGGAUGGUUUGUAGAUCCCUGGGAGUCUAGGACCCUUUCAGGGUCUGCCGUGUGGCAUGAUUAAGGCAAUGGUAUCAAACUAGUUUUCAGUCUUAAAACCUCAGCACUCACACAAAAAGACUUCCAACUUCACUUGGGCAUGUUCUUGGUAGAAGUAAUAAAAAUGACUAAUAAAUGUUGACUUGUGACAAAUAUUGAAAGAAUGGAAA